CUUAGUAGAAUAGACGGUGGUGCUUUGUGUGACUAAAUAACGGGAUAGAACAUAGCAAAAUGACUGAUCUUGAGUCAACAAAUGUUCUCGAUGCCACUCAGCUAAUAGGCGAGGAAAGCCAUCUAAAUGAUGGUUCUAUGCCCGUCGAAGAGGCCACUAUAGACGUCGGGAAUCUGGUUGUCAUGUCGUAUCAGGUCCCGAGCGAUGAAAGGUUUGAAGAAACGGCUACAAGACUUACGCAAGAGCUCAUCAACAGGGUGUUUUGUUUGUCCGUUGAAAAAACGAAUCUAGGGCCGAUGGUGAUCCUACCUCCGCCAAGAAUACCAAUUCCUCGUGAAAAGAGCGUUCCUGUCCCGCGUCCGGAAACGAGAUGGGAGAAGUUCGCCAAGGCGAAGGGUAUUCGAAAACGUAAAAAGAUGACCAAGGUAUGGGAUCAGGAAACAGGCACGUGGAAGCGCACCUGGGGAAAAGACUCCAUUAAAAAGGAUGAAGAUUGGCUGGUGGAAUAUGACCCGGAAAAAAUGGGAGAAUGCGAAGAUCCGUUCAUUAAGAAGGCCAUUGAUAAGAAAGAAAGAGUCCUGAAGCAGAAAAAAAGAGAGCUUUCGAAUCGGCGAGCCGCACUUGUUUCAGCGACAAAGAAGGCACUUGGAUCGAAGACAGCGACACCUCUCGUUAUCGGGAAGUUGGCGCCUACAGCUAAAGGCCUUUCCAAAGCUCAUAUCAGCCGUUCGAUUGAUUUGGCCCAGCGAUCAACUAGGUCUAUGGGCACGUUCGAUGUUCAGAGGCCAGACGAACCUCUGAAAAAGAAGAGGAAAGCUCUACCACAGACUUCAGAGGCAGAGAAGCAGACCAACGAGCGUGUUCUGAAAGGUAUUAUGCUUUCGAAACAAGGAGACAAUGCCAUCGACAAAGAAAAGAUGGCCAAUCAGGUAAUUCGAGAAGAAAGAAAAAAGAAACGCCUUGAGCUGCAAAACCGCACAAACCAGAUAAAGAAGAAAAAGAGACGUUAGGUACGCGCAUCAAGUUUGUUUCAUGGUUGCAGCGCGAUAUGCUCAAAACGAAUCCCAACUCUGUGCAUACGGUACAUUGUUGAAUGUGAAACAAGGUGUCUCGUAUUUGUUAUGUCAUUCUCAACGCAGCACCAAGAAUAAGACGCUGGUUUAGUAUCUUGCAAACUUUCUUCCGCUUUCACCAUUUAUAUAAAUAUUUACUAAACUACUGCUGAUCCUAGGUUAAGAUUUGCGAGUACUGAAACUGUCCCUUGCCAGAUGGUAUCAACGGAAUCUUUUAUCGAGAAAUGCGAUUAAAAAAAACCCAUUUGAGCGUUCAAAGAGGCGUCUUAUUUUGUGUA